AGAGGCAAUUAGAAGCGUGGUGUCAUAAGAAUUUUCGUUUGGUCAAAAUCGAUUGAUAGAUUGACAUCGUUCACCGAAAUGGCAAAGGCGUCGUCCGAGUCAGAUGGCUGUCGGAGAGUGUUGGAGUUUUACAGUGGCAUCGGCGGCAUGAGGUACUCGCUGAUGAAGGCCAAGGUGAACGCGCAAGUGGUGGAAGCGUUUGAAAUUAAUGACACGGCAAACGAUGUUUACCAACAUAAUUUUGGUCAUCGUCCUUUUCAGGGAAAUAUUCAAUGCCUGUCUGCUGCUGAUCUGGACAGGUAUGGUGCUGAUGUAUGGCUUCUUUCUCCUCCCUGCCAACCUUACACACGACAAGGUCUUCAGAAGGACACUGGUGAUGCCCGAGCAUUUUCUUUUCUUCAGAUUCUCGAGCUUAUGCCGCUUCUAUUGCAUCCUCCAAGUAUGCUAUUUGUGGAAAAUGUUGUUGGAUUUGAGACAUCUGACACCCAUGCAAAACUCAUUGAAAUAUUGGAAAAAACAAAUUUUAUCACACAGGAGUUCAUUCUGAGCCCUUUGCAGUUUGGAAUCCCAUAUUCCAGGCCUCGUUAUUUUUGUCUGGCAAAGAGAAAACCUUCAUCUUUUGUGAAUGAAUGUUUGAACAGCCAGCUGAUUCAAUCUCCAAGGCCAUUAUUUGAGCUUUUUGAUACUGUGGCUAAUGAUGAUUCAUCACAAGAGGACAGGCAUGAACUGUUGCAGUCAUGUCAACCUAUUGCAAAAUUUCUUGAAUUAAAGAACCAUAUUAAUGAUAUAGCUGUUGAAUCUGCAGCGUUAAUGAUUGGUUUAUCUAAUAACACUUCUCGAACUUUGGGGAAAGGUAAUGAUCAUGAAUAUGACUCUUUGGACCAGUAUUACGUUCACCCAAGCUUGGUAGAACGGUGGGGAAGUGCCAUGGAUGUUGUCUAUCCUGAUUCAAAGCGAUGUUGCUGUUUUACAAAAAGUUAUUACAGAUAUGUGAAGGGAACUGGAUCCCUUUUGGCAACUGUCCAGCCAAUGAAGAGGGACAAAACAUCACUGAAGGAGCAGCGCCUUAGAUAUUUUACCCCAAGAGAGGUGGGUGGAUUUUCUUUAUUCUCAAGAUUGUCAUGCAUUCUUGUGAGUCAAUGUCUAGGUAUUUGUCCUCAUUUACCUAGGUUGCAAACUUACAUUCUUUUCCUGAGGAAUUUGAGUUUCCAGAGCACAUUAAUCUCAAGCAACGGUAUGCAUUGCUAGGGAACAGUUUAAGCGUAGCAGUUGUUGCUCCCUUACUUCAGUAUCUUUUCACUUGAACCUAAAUGAUUUUUCAAUCGCAAGAUCCAUUCAACAGAAGCAGAUAUUUCCUAAGCCUAUUAUUUUGAUAUGAUAGUGAGAUCAUGUAACACAAUGCUUUAACUUUUUGUUUCAAUCAUGAUGAUCCAACUCUUACAUGAUUUAGAUAUUUAUACUUGAUAGUGAAAUUUUCUGGUGAUUCUAGGACCAAUCUUUUUAAAAUUAACUAAUCUGUGGGGCAAAAAUGUAAUUGGAAUUUGGAAGAGAUCCGUAGAGUACUUGUCAAGCAUCUAGUGUAUGUAUGAAAGUAUAGGGUCUUGUAU